UCCCCCUUGCUUCCUGUUUUGGCUUGCAGUCGAUUGGAUCUAGAUUGCCUGGCCCUCUUUCUUCUCUUUGCUUUUCGCCUCUCUGUUGCUUCCGAGGUACGGUUCGUGCUUGCCCGUGCCUCCGCCAUUGGUACCUUGCUCUUGCCUGCUUUGGUCGGCGGCUCUGGUCUUGGCUGCGCUCUUGGUCCGGGUUGAAUCUUCGUGUCCUGGGAAGUUUGGUUGCUUCCUUUUGAGUCGUCUCCAUACAUUGGCUGUGCUUUUUCUUUUGAUUUGUUGUUCCUUUUUGCGUAGUCGCUUUCUAUGCCGGUGGAACCAAUAGGAGAUGUUGUGCCUCUUUUUUUCUCAGACCCUCUCCGGAGCAUUUUUUUUAUUUGCUGUUUCUUUUUGGCCAGUCGCUUGCCCCCCCCUUCCCUUCUCCCCCUUGCUUCCUGUUUUGGCUUGCGGUCGAUUGGAUACCCUCUCCGGAGCAUUUUUUUCAUUUCCUGUUUCUUUUUGGCCAGUCGCUUGCCCCCCCCUUCCCUUCUCCCCCUUGCUUCCUGUUUUGGCUUGCGUUCGAUUGGAUCUAGAUUGCCUGGUCCUCUUUCUUCUCUUUGCUUUUCGCCUCUCUGUUGCUUCCGAGUUACGAAGUACUGGAAGAGGAUCCAUUCUGAUAUGAUCUUGCUCAUCGCAUCAGCACAGGAAGAUUUCUUCAGGUUUGCUUCUGCUCGUUAGUGCUGGUUCCUUUGUGUUGUGGGUCUCUCUCAUAUUGGCGCACAGAGGCCAUUUUCCCUGCUUUUGGUGUGCUCCAUUGUCUAUUACAGCGACGGCAUAACACGACGAAAUUUGUUGAAGUUUGCUUCUACUCAUUAGUUCUGGUUCCUUUGUGUUGUGGAUCUUUCUGUUAUUGGGUCUGCAACAAUUGUGACACAGAGUUCAUCUUCUUUGCUUUUGCUAAUGGAGCCGCAUACAAUUCGAUCAUACAACGACGUUGACGCUGCGGCAUGUGCGUUUACCGUCCCUAUCCUCUGAUCCUAUCUCUACUUUGAUAGAUCGAGCCUGUGCUGCUUCUAAACUUACCGAUUUGAUAUUGCUGUCUGCUUUUCUCCUUGUUAUUUGUCCUCCUGCUCCCUCUCCCUUUUCUUCUUUGCCUGCCCCCAAAAACUUCUAUUUCCAUGGCAUUCAGCAUCUUCGUCUUCGCACUCGACACAGCCCAGGAGUGGGGCUCGUAGAAAGCGAAAUGAACUUGCAGAAGACGAUGCACAGCACUGCCCCUUAAUUCUAAACCCAACUGAAUGCCGUCGUAGACGCCGAAAAUUAUUGGACCAACAAAGAUUGGCUAUAACAGGAUCAUUAGAUAGCACCAGUCAAUUAUUAGAAUGUGGACGAUUCAGCCAACAUUACAUUGAUGCACUAAAAGAGUUUGAAGAUGACAUUCGAUUCGCUCACUACACUCCAUCCAAAAUCCAAGCACUCAGUAGUUUGUGUCCGCGUAUCGCGGAAAUGGGAAUACCGUGGUGGCACCGAUGAUGGACCGAUACUCCACAUAGACCUUGUUCUCAUCGAUGAGAAGGGAGAUGCCAUAUAUGCUGAAAUACCAAGCUCCGAAAUAGAUGCUAUCAGCACUUUAAUCCAAGAAGGUGGCAUCUAUGUUAUCAGUCGAUUUAGAGUAUCAAGGGCGAAGUCUCUAUACAGGCCAGUUGACGUGCCUUACAUGAUUGAAUUCACAUGCUACACCAAAGUAUCUCCAGCAAGACAUGUAGCUGAAACAUUCCCAAGAUACGUCUAUAGGCUCACACCUUUUGCUGAGCUACCAAAAUACGCUGGUGAAAACAAACACUUCCUAGAUGUGCUUGGCCUAAUCUCUGAAGUCUCUGAGACAACCUUAUUGCAACUCCCAAACCAAUCAAGUGCCACUCUAAACAGAAACAUAAUCCUGAAGGAUCUGAGCAAUGCUGAGGUGAAACUGACUCUAUGGGGACAACGCGCCGCUGAGUUUACCAUAGAUGAAGUUUACAAUGAAGAAGAAAGUAAACCAAUUGUUAUGCUGGUCGUCGGCAACCUCAUGAAAAGCUUCGCAGGUGAAGAAUAUCUGAGUGGAAACACUGCCUGCCGUUGGUAUUUUAAUCCUGUAAUUCCAGAAGCUGAAGACUUUUAUAACAGCACUCACAACCAGCGACUCACAAUCAAGCGUUCCACUCCUCCUACGCAUCAAGCAGCGCUGCCACAACCAUCACUACAACUCGAGGAUAAGCAUUUGCUUGACUUACAAGAAAUGGACCCAUAUGAUUUUCCGCAAGGUGGCUGCCGCUGUACCGUCACUAUAACACGACUAAACUCAAACAGACCAUGGUGGUUCCCAUCAUGUAACAGGUGCAGCAGAGCCUGCGCACCAAGCGGCGAUAGUUACAAAUGCAACACAUGCUCGUGUACUGGCUAUCGCUUCAAAUACAAGCUAUCUUUCAUUGGGAAUGACGGAACUGCAGAAGCUGAGAUGAUAGCUUUCAGAGAAGUUGCUCGCCGGAUCGUUGGUAAACCAGUCCAGCAAGUCUUAAGAUUUGCAAGAUCUGCAAAUGACACCCCUCCUGACAUUGCAGCCAUAGUAUCCCUAAAAUUCACCUUUGCAAUAACCCUAACAGAUCAGAGCUACUACAGUCCCCACAGAACAUAUCAGAUCAUCUCCAUCAUCACUUCUUAUGGAAGACAACAAACGCUGCCCCAUACAACAUUCAGCCAACCCAAGGAACCAACAACCUCACAAAUAGCUAACCCAAUACUUCACUCUCAUAUUUCCACCACCAAUCCAGGUGCUAUUGUGCCUGAUGCUACCCUUCCAUCUGGACUCAAAAGCGAUACAUCUGCCUCGCAACCAGAAACUCAAAAAGCAGCCACAAGAAAUGUACAAACACACAGUACUCCUCCCCCUACACUGGAAUACGAUGAAUCGCCUCUGAAAAAACUUGAAUAUCCAGAUGCCACUGACCUGUCUAAACACACAAGUGCUCAAAAAAGAUUGUUUGAAGAUAUAAUAGAUCCUGGAAAGGAAGACACUGAUGCACAGAAAAAAAGCAAGCAAGAAGCUCUCACAGGAACAUCUAACCCACUGCUCCAUACAGUAGGACAAAGAGCUUCUUCCCAGCAGACCGCAUCUGGCUCUGCCAAGGUGUCUAAAUCCAAAGCUCCUCAUAUACAAAAAAACAAUUAAUGAAGGCGAACAAAGUAACAAACGCAGCUCAGCCGUGAAGCACCGCUCAUCUUUUGCUGUCUUUUGCCACAUGAAAAAAUCUGCUCCUGCACCUUUCUUGCCUUCUGCUCCCCCCCCCCCCCCCCCUCCUCCCUUUUGCGCCUUUUGAAGUUGCUUUUGGACCUUGGUUCCUCAGACUUUUAUCCUGUCAUCAUAACAGAUCAAGCUGCUACUGAUGUUCUCCUAAUACAAUAAUAAAUAUGUACAGUAGCAAAUUAGAAAUGUCA